CUCUUCCGCGACCCAUGUCUAUCGUGUCUCCAGUUCAAGCCAAGUCUUCACCUCGUCCACAAUAUCUUCCAUUUCCCUCCACAUACCGCAAUCGCUCCGGACCUGGGAGCUCGAGCGAAGAACGGCGGGCCUACAGUCCUCCCGUGGCCAACAUCAAUACUAUGACUCGACCACAAGCAGCGUAUACCGUACCAAAGACGAAUAUCAACCACCGCCGCGAAACGACAAGGCCGAUAUCCUCGAAACCAAAGCUAUCAAAACUUUCAAUUAGUGGGCCUGUGUCUCCGCCUUUCUACCCUUCUGUGCCUUUUAACGAGGUCUCGAAUCACGAAACCACUGUAUCCAAAGAUAUAACAUCAGGCGGAAGCCUAAAGCAAAUCGGCCAGCACAUGCCGUUGAACUUGACAUGGCAUUCUACUCUCCGAUUUGUUCUGCGUAUCAUCACUAUAGCGCUUAGCGCAGCUGUGGCAGGACUGCUGGCACACACCCUGAGCGUCUUAGGCAAUACAAAUACCAAUGUCUCGACAGGCCAGUUUCCAAGCACAUGGCCCAGUCAUACAGACGCUACUGCGACCUAUCUCCUGUUCUCGAUCGCAUUCGUCAACUUCUUGUUCGCGGUCACGAUCCUUAUCUGCUCGAUCAAGAAGCAGUUCCGUACAUCGAUGGGAGCUCGCGACAGGUUUCGAGUAGGAAUGGGCGCAUAUAUCGUGAUUGCAUGGGCAACGGCCUGCACUGUUUACAAGGCGCUGGAUGCGGAUAGCAGUACUAGCCUGGGCCAUUUCGCCUGCAUGAAUGUGAAUGCGAUAGGCACUGGCAGAAAACAGUACCGUACAGUGUGCAGAGAACAGAAUGUCUCUUUCUAUAUCUCUAUUGUUACUGGCGUGCUUGAGAUUUUGGUGUUGGCAAGCUACAUCGUCAACGCGUACGCUACGAAGAGUGCGCAAUUACCUGCGAGAGAUCCUGAGAAGUGCCAGAGUGCGCACGUGUCCCGGCGAUAAGUUCCAUUGUUUGUCAGUGAGAUGUUCUCUUCUUACCUUCGUUCUUAUUAGCUUCAUAUCCACGUGUGAUGAUUUCAGUUUAGCCGUCUAUGUUGAUACCUGCUUAUGGUGAAGACCCGC